CCGCAUGUCACGACGCUUGUCGAGCUCCUCCGAGUAGAACCGACUGGUGAGGAUCAGCUGACCGCGAGUCUCCUCCGUUCACAGCGUUUCUCGGUUUAAUGAAUCAAAAGUGAAGUAACAGAAACAACUGACAUCACCGGACACCGACAUGCCGUCGCUUCUGUUCUGCGGGCCGAAGAUGGCCGCCUGCGGGAUCGUGAUCAGCCUGUGGGGGGUCAUCAUGCUGGCGAUGUUGGGAAUCUUCUUCACCUCCAAGUCGGCCGUUCUGAUCGAGGACGUCCCGUUCACCGAGGACGAUAUUCGCAACGAUAAAAACCCUCCUCAGAACGUCUACGCUCUCUACAACCAGGUUGGCAUUAACUGCUUCAUCGCCGCCGCCAUCUACGUGGCCGUGGGCGCCGUCUCGCUCUGCCAGGUCCGACUCAACAAGCGCCAGGAGUACAUGGUGACAUAGACCCUGACCUCUGACCUCAGCAGCCGGAGGUCGUCCGAUCAUGUCAGUGUUGGAGAAUCGCCAGAGUUAUUUAUUUUCAAAGUGAAAUCUUCCACUUGUUCGUCUGUUGUGAUGAUUGUUGUUGUUGUUGUUGUUGUUGUUGUUGGAUGAUGACGUCAUCGUUCCUGUGAACGGAAUAUUCAUUAAAGCGACCAAAUGUUUACGAACAAAACUUUAAUGUUCCACAGUUUGUUUUUUUCUUUAUUUCCUGGUUCUUGUCUCGACUUUGAACAGAAGAAAAACGUUGUUGUUCCUGAAGUAACUGAGACGAUCGAUUCUCCGACAGUUUCCUCGUUAAAAAAAAGGUUAAAAAACAACUUUGACUCAAAUUAAAAGAUGAUUAAUCAGUUAUGAUGUAAAAUCCUUUGCAAUAAACUAUGUAAAAGGAUGAAUGUC